AAUUUGGACCUCACCAUCACAAUACCAUUCCGCCCCUCAAAACCUCAUUCUCAAGCUCCUCCAAAAUGAGCGCAGCGAAUCUACCACGCACGGAGGCUAAUGUGCUCCGGGCCCACGAAGGUGCUGUUCUGGCCGCCCGCUUCAACGCCAACGGCGAGUAUUGCCUCAGCUGCGGCAAAGAUCGCACCAUACGCCUCUGGAAUCCUCACCGUGGAUUGCAUAUCAAGACCUACAAAUCGCAUGGUCGCGAAGUUCGCGAUGUCCAUGUCACGCUGGAUAAUUCGAAGCUGUGUUCGUGUGGAGGCGAUCGGCAAGUCUUCUACUGGGACGUGGCGACUGGUCGUGUAAUUCGGAAAUUUCGUGGUCAUGAUAGUGAGGUGAAUGCUGUGAAGUUUAAUGAGUAUGCAUCAGUGGUGGCAUCAGCUGGCUAUGACCGCUCAGUCCGUGCUUGGGACUGUAGAUCUCACAGCACUGAGCCUAUUCAGAUCAUCGACACCUUUUCAGAUAGUGUCAUGUCCAUUUGUUUAACAAAAACUGAGAUAAUUGCUGGAAGUGUUGAUGGAACAUUUCGAACAUUUGAUAUUCGAAUUGGUAGAGAAAUAUCUGAUGAUCUCGGGCAGCCUGUCAACUGUAUUUCAUUGUCAAACGAUGGCAACUGUGUACUAGCCAGUUGUCUUGAUUCUACUCUAAGGCUUUUGGACAGAUCAACUGGUGAAUUAUUACAAGAAUAUAAAGGCCACACUUGCAAGUCUUUCAAGAUGGACUGCUGCCUAACAAACACGGACGCCCAUGUGACUGGUGGUUCAGAAGACGGCUAUAUUUACUUCUGGGAUCUUGUAGAUGCAAAUGUCGUAUCCAGGUUUCGAGCUCAUUCAUCAGUGGUAACUAGUGUAAGUUAUCACCCAAAGGAUGAUUGUAUGAUUUCUGCUUCAGUUGAUGGAACAAUUGGGGUCUGGAAAGCCUGAGAAGCAAGGUUUUGUGGACUUUCAACUUCAUAUUUUCUCUUUAUAUCCGGCUUCUGUUUUCUUGGCGAUUGCAUUACUACAUGCAAUCGUCCAGGUACAACGACAACAUGAUUAGCUCAAAUGUCUUUAGUGUUGUUUAUCAAACCAAAUAUAUCAGAGCGGCCAAGGAAGCGAUGAAAUGGCAUUGCCCUUGCCGUAGAACUUUAAGGGCAUGGUUGGAAUGGCUUCACAGCUUGUUGGAAACCGUUAUCCAGAUAUUUGUGCUGGCUGCCUGGCUGCCUAUACUGACUUAGUAUGAAUUAUGCAAAAACACAUGUUUGGUUCUACCAUUUUAUAUAUUUUUAAUUUACUCAACCAA